AUGGCGCAGCAUUCCUCCAUCGCGCGGUCGGCUAUCAUGACGUCGGCCACCUCGCCAGAUCUCACAGGCCUGGGCGAUCAAAGAAUUAUGAACCAACGGCCCAACGGCAUCAGUUCCCACGGAGCUAGUCUCGGCUCGGGAAAAGAAGGAGCUCUGAUGCCUCCUCCGAAGACUGUGGUCGGGAGAGCGCUAGGGAAUGACCUGCAUUCCGAUGCCCACAAAACCUCACAGCCGCCCAAGGGCGGAGUCGGAACCGCUCUGACUGACACUCCGAUUUCUACCGCACCCCCGUCCCCACAGAUCAAUGGCAUCUCUACCACGAGCACCCCCAGCCGAGUUCGUGCAACCACUCUUGAUAUUCCCGGCCUGACCAAGUCCAAGGUCUCCCCGGAUGGACGCAUCGCUCAGCGUGAUGUCGGCUCCAAGCUUGUCAUUGUCAUGGUUGGCCUGCCGGCUCGAGGCAAGAGUUACAUCACCAAGAAGCUUGCUCGAUACCUGAACUGGCUCCAGCAUGAUACCGAGAUCUUCAACGUCGGUGAACGUCGUCGUGUGGCUGCUGGCAAGUCACCCUCGCCAGCCAAGGGUGGACGUCCCCUGGAGAAACGUCCGAGCAAUGUCCACAAGGAUCUCGUGGACUCCGUGCGUCGACUGAGUGUCAGCGUUGGAACGAUGAACCAGAAUGAGUCUUCUCCGCCUCAGAAUGCUUCGCCACCAAACGAUACUGCCCUUCCGCCUCCAGUGAUUCCGGCCAAGAUUCUCAUCAACGGACAGGAGCCUGGAUGUUCCAUCUCCCAGAAUGGAAGCACCGUGAUCUCAACCGAUGCAGGCUCUGACCAGUCUUUCAGCAACGAGAAUGUCAUCAGAGAAGCCUCCCCAGAGCCUUUGGAUCAGAGUGCAAACUUCUUCGAUCCCCAGAACCAGGCUGCUGUCAAGCUCCGUGAGCAGGUGGCCCUGGACACUCUCGAUGAGCUACUCGAGUACAUCCUCGAGGAGGGUGGCAGCGUUGGCAUUCUCGAUGCUACAAACAGCACCAUGGAACGUCGCAAGGCUAUUGUCGAUCAUAUUCGCAAGCGCGCUGGCCCCGAGCUCGGCAUCCUGUUCCUUGAGAGUCGCUGUGUGGAUGAGAACCUCUUGGAGGCCAACAUGCGACUGAAGCUUUCUGGUCCUGACUACAAGGGCCAGGAUCCAGUCACUGCCCUGGAAGAUUUCAAGAAGCGUGUGGCUUUGUACGAGAAUUCGUACGUUCCACUUGGCGAGUACGAGGAAAAGCACGACAUGGCCUACAUUCAAAUGAUCGAUGUCGGUCGCAAGAUUGUUUCGCAUCAGACACAUGGCUUCCUCUCCUCUCAGGUCGUCUACUACUUGCUCAACUUCAAUCUUUCUCCACGCCAGAUUUGGAUCACCCGCCACGGCGAGAGCCAGGACGAUGCCGCCGGCCGCAUUGGUGGAGAUUCUGACCUCAGCGAGAAUGGCAAGCGCUACGCAAAGGCGCUGACUCGCUUCGUUGAUCACCAGCGGAAGCAGUGGGAGCUCUACCAGCGUCAGAAGAACCUGAUCAAGCACUUCCCACCCCGUCCUGGUGACAGCACCCCUCCCAAUCCGUCGUACAUUCCUCGUGAUCGCCCUCGCAACUUCUGCGUGUGGUCGUCAAUGAUGAAGCGUGCGGUUCAAACCAUUGAGCACUUCAAUGAAGAUGACUAUGACGUCAAGGAGAUGCGCAUGCUCGACGAGCUCCACUCCGGAAAGAUGGAAGGCAUGACCUACAAGGAGAUUCAGCAGCAGUACCCUGAGGAGUAUGCACACCGCAAGAAGGACAAGCUCUUCUACCGUUACCCUGGUCCCGGUGGAGAAAGCUACCUGGACAUCAUCAACCGUCUCCGAACUGUUAUCGUUGAGGUCGAGCGUACCACCGACCACGUCCUUCUGGUCAGCCACCGAUCCACCGCCCGCGUCCUCCUUUCUUACUUCCGCGGUCUGAAGCGCGACAAGGUCGCCGACCUGGACGUUCCCAUGGGCAUGCUGUACAUGCUGGAGCCCAAGCCAUAUGGUGUCGACUUCAAGGCUUACCGGUACAAUCCUGAGACCGAUUGGUUCGACUACGUUCCCAACUAUGAGCUGCACCAAGUUGGUGCACAGUAGAUUUGCAAAGCCGAAUCUUACUCGCCUUACUUGGGGCUUUUGGGUUCCACAUUGCUCCCCAUCUUAUGACAUGCUAUGAAUUGCAGCGACAUCUUUUUCAACAUCACAUCCACUGGCCGUUACUAUACAGCCUAGUCAACAUUAUCAAUAUCCAUAUCCAUAUCCAUCCCUACAGAUGAUUUCUCGCCUUAGCCCCAUGUCCCGUUUUCCACUCCUGUUUCUGAUGGGGUCGGGUCUCUCCUGUAUCUCUACCCAUCUCCCCGACCCCUCCCUGUAUCAUCAUUCCCAAUCUCUCGCCACUUCACUUCCCAGCUCCGCUUUUGUUUUUCCACCCUGGUUUUUGCUUUGUCCCAAACCCCGCUGCAUCAACGGGCGUUUUGGAUUUUUCUUUAUUCUUAUCAUCAGGCUUUUCAACUCUAUGUUUUUCAUUUUUCUCACCGCGCGUCUUUUGCAUGGGUUUGGCGUUCAGGCGGGUGUUAUGCUACCUAUGACCCGCCCCCGGGCGUCACGACUACAUGAUAUUCCAUUUUUUUUUCUUCGUUGGGCAUUCUCGAUGCUUAGCGAUACUGGGUUGAUAGACCGUGACGGUGAGACAUUUGCUUUUUUUAUGCUUUUGUCGCCGGAAGUUAGGCGUUACCUUAGUGGUCAUACACAUAUUCUUAUCCAUUCUUAUUCUUCUC